AUGACAUUACGUGAUAUAGAAGAACUCCAGAGACAAACAUCUUAUUCAAAAAUUAAAUCUUAUAGUAAAACUCGAUGUAUCAUACCAUUUCUUCAUAGAUCUAAAGAUUGUCUAAUGCAACCUCGUGGAUCUUUACUGGGUUUAAAAGAGGAGCCGUUGAGAGCCUCUUGGUCCAGUCCUAUUAGAAUGUUGGCCGAUCCAAACUGUAUUGGUGUAUCGUUAGCUCAUUUUGAAAAACAACCACCAAAUAAUUUAAGAAAAAGUAAUUUUUUUCAUUUUACCGUGGCAUUAUAUGAUCGAACUGGAAAACCAAUUGAAAUUGAACGAACAGCAUUUAUUGGUUUCAUUGAAAAAGAUAUGGAACCAGAUGGACUUCGAACAAAUAAUGGAAUUCAUUAUCGUCUAGCAUUAUAUUAUCCACAUCUUGGUGUACAUCAAGAUCAAGAUAUAUUUGUGCGUAUGAUCGAUUCGGUGACUAAACAGCCAAUUGUAUAUGAAGGACAAGAUAAAAAUCCUGAAAUGUGCCGUGUUUUAUUAACUCAUGAAGUUAUGUGCAGUCGUUGUUGUGACAAAAAGAGUUGUGGAAAUCGAAAUGAAACACCAUCGGAUCCCGUUGUUGUAGACAGAUUUUUUCUUAAAUUCUUUUUAAAGUGUAAUCAAAAUUGUUUGAAAAAUGCUGGAAAUCCACGAGAUAUGCGUCGCUUCCAAGUUGUUUUAUCAACAUCUGUAUCUGUGGAACCACCAUUAUUGGCUAUUUCUGAAAAUAUGUUUGUGCAUAAUAAUUCAAAACACGGACGACGAACAAGAAGAUUAGAUGUAGAUGGAGAUUCUUUGAUACCUACACCAACGAUAAAAGCCAUUUGUCCAAGCGAAGGAUGGACAAUUGGUGGCACGGUUGUUAUCGUCAUUGGAGACAAUUUUUUUGAUGGAUUACAAGUAAUGUUUAAUAAUACAGUUGUUUAUACUGAGAUAUUAACUCCUCAUGCUAUUCGUGUUCAAACACAACCAAGACAUGCUCCAGGAAUUGUUGAUGUUACACUAUCGUAUAAAGGCAAACAAAUAUGUCGUGAUUGUCCGGGAAGGUUUGCCUAUAUAAAUAUGCAAGAACCAAAUAUCGAUUAUUGUUUUCAAAGACUUCACAAAAUGAUACCAAAACAUCCUGGUGAUCCAGAGCGUCUAUCAAAAGAAAUAAUUUUGAAACGUACAGCAGAUCUUCUCGAACAGUGUUAUACAAUGUCUGGAAAUCCUCAUCAUUUUGCUCUUCCAACACCACCGAGUGAUCAUGAAAAUGAUGCUGGCUAUUCGAGAAGUCAAACGUCACCUCGAGGAUGUGGAAGCAGUUAUGGAAGUGCAGCGGCAUUAGCCUACGCCCAGCAACAAUCUUAUAAUGUACCUUCACCUGGAUUUUUGAAUGGAAUGACUAAUCUGAUGUCAUCUGCGUUCAGCACAAUUGGACCAUUUGGUUUGGGCACAGCUCAAUAUGGGUUAGGAUCUAAUAAAUAA